ACAUGGCAAAAAAACCUUUAUAUGUGGCCCGUAAUUUGCGACUGAUUUGAUGGAUCAUCAGAGCAAAAACAUUCAGGAAACUGCUAUUAACAUUUUAAUUAUAGCUAUAAUAAUAGAUAAAACAUGGCUAUAAUAUUUUAUUUCAAAAUUUUAUCAUUAAAUACUGGCUGGCUCGAAAUUGAGUAGCCACUAAAUGACAAUAAACAGAAUCGCACGUUAAUCCUUCAAUGUCAAAUUUGUAGUUACAUUUGGAAAAUAUGCCGCAAUUUAGGUGCGUAACAGAGAGUCACAGUGCGAAGGCAUCAAUAUAGUGUGAAUAGUAAGUGGUUGGCGGGCGGCGAGCGGGCGAUGGCUCGCGCGCUGCUGCUGGCGCUGACGUGCGCAGCCGCCGCGUCGGCGACGCGCUAUGUCGACUACUCGGGCGUCAAGAUGCCGGCGUACGGCAGCGGCAGCGACUACGAGGCGCCGCGCGACCCCGUCGUGCAGCCCUCCGACGACUACCGCGGGCACUCGCCCGACGCACCCGCCUCGCCAGACUACAAGUACGAGGAGGAACCACGCAUUAAAACUGAAAAACCUACGAAGGAUACUGAUGACUCAGAAGUGUGGCGAAAACCAGGACGAAAACAAAGAGGACUGGUGAGACCCCCUGAUAGCGCCGUUGCAGACGUCGUCAGCAAGUUCGAUCGAGACGAAGAGGACGCCCCUAAGUUUCGACUGAGCCAUCGAUUCCCGAAGCAUCGGUCGCGGCUCAAAAAUGAACUCCCAGCUAGAGACGACGAGUCUCCCAGACGUCCUGUCAAAUAUAGUCGCGAUAGAAAAGACGAUGUUAGUGAUAUAGAUAGAAAAGACUAUUUCCAUGUAGAUAAAGAUGACUUUCCAGAUGAUAAGAGUAAAGAAUUUGACGAUGAAGGUAAAUUUGCAAACGAGGCAACUACUAGGCGAGGAAAUCGGAGGAAGCCAAGAGACCGGCACAUCAAGAGGAAGAGUAGCGACCUCGAUAGUUCCUAUGAGGACGAUUUGGAUUUGGACAGACGGCUGAAGGUGGAUAGUGACAAGGAGGUUCCACGGCGUACACGGCCGCCCGACGAUCGAGCUGUCGAGCGUCCUGCCGAGCGCAUUGCUGAGCGGCUUGGGGACCGGCCGGGCGAUUUUCGCGCACAUGAACGGUUCCGAUCACAUCUCGACGAAGACGAAGAAGACCUCACUAAGGCGCAGCCAGUUAGCAAGUCCAAACCGAAAACGUACGAAGACUAUGACGACUAUUACGACAUGAAGAGGGUCUACAACAUCAAGAACAAACUGCCCUCACUCCUCCGACGAACUACAGAGAAAUCUCGCGCGCCGACUCCUACGAGUUACCUGGACAUGCUGUGGAACAACCGGCGAAUCAUGGCGCCCGAAGUCCUCACCGACGACGAGUUCCUUCAUGACGUCAGCAGGCCCGUCACCGCCAAAACCAGGCCUCGCACCAGAGCCACCAGGCCCCCCACAACAACCCCGUACCCCACCACGCUAGAACUCAUGUCUACCACGCCAGAAACUACCACGACCACCACCCCUCCCACCACGACCACUACCACCACGACCACGAGCACCACUAGCACCACUAGCGUCUCCACAACGACCGUCAACGCCACUGCACUCUCACUUGCUGAGAAGUCCAGACUUUCCAUCUUGAAGAAAGAUCAACGCAAGGAAGGCCAGCACGUUGAGCCGCAUUCUAAAAAGCCGCCAGUGCUGCUGCAGGUGACGAGGCAUAUGCCCACUGUUGUGAUGGUGGAGCCACCGUCCAGCGAGUUACCGUGGAUGCGAGCUAAAGAGCUCUCGGAGGACUCCCCCGAGCGACUAGAAAAGGUGAAGAAGAUGAUGCGACAGAAACUGGUGGCCGACGCCAAGAGCAUCCAUGAUCUGACUGAUCACUGGGACGAUAUGGUGUGCGACUACGUUGACGUGGGUCUCCUAGACGACGCCGCGCACAGGCCGCGUCCAACCCGCACUGCACACGCCUGCACUCUGGCGGCUAUCGCCUGUGCCGUCAUGUUAUUUAUUUAAAGUGUUGUUUGCUUACCUGUUAUGUUAUUGUUUAGUAAUUCAGCAAAAAUAGAAAGAAAAUUAUUAUCUU